CUCUCCCUCUACAGCAUCUUCUUCUUCAUCAUUCAUUCAUUCGUCCCCUUCUCUCUCCUUCUCCUCCCCCUCUCGUCUCGUCAAUGGAAGCACCACCAUCAUCAGAUUCAAACGUAAUCAAAUUCCCUUUUUUACGUCACCCUUGAACCCCCCAUCUCUCUCUUUUUUACUCCUCUCUUUCGCGUGCCCCCCUUUUUCUCCAUUGUCAGAUCCUUUUCUCUCUCUCUCUGUUUCCACCCCAGCCAGCCUACUCCUCUCAUAGCUCUGUUCCUCUUGUCUUUAUCUUCCUAUUACUUCUCUCUCUCUCUCUAUUAUAAUCAACCCUCUCCCCUCCCCCCUGUUGUUAAUUCGUCUACAAUCGAAAUGCGACGAAAGGGAUUAACUUUUGCUACUUGCUGCUGAACGGAACAACAAUCCUGGUAUUUGCUGGAAAUGAAGAGGAGUUCAAGACAAUGGGCUACUGCUUCUUCUGCUGCUGUACUAAUGGUAUUGAAACCUGGAAAUGAAGGAGAGGCAACGUUGGCGGCCUGAAGAGGAUUCUCUCUUACGUUCUUACGUUAAACAGUACGGUCCAAGAGAAUGGAACCUCGUUUCUCAACGUAUGAACACACCUCUUAACAGAGACGCUAAAUCCUGUCUUGAAAGGUGGAAAAAUUACCUUAAACCCGGUAUUAAGAAAGGUUCUUUAACUGACGACGAACAAAGAUUAGUCAUUAGUCUUCAAGCUAAACACGGUAACAAAUGGAAGAAAAUCGCUGCUGAAGUUCCCGGUAGAACUGCUAAAAGACUCGGUAAGUGGUGGGAAGUUUUCAAGGAGAAACAGUUGAGAGAACAGAAGGAGAUUAAUAAAAUUGUUGAACCUGUUGAAGAAGGUAAGUACGAUCGGAUUCUUGAAACCUUCGCCGAGAAAUUAGUCAAAGAACGUCCUCUUCCUCCUCCUCCUCUUCAGUCGCCGUCGCCGUUGCCGUCUCCGGUCAUGGCAACACCAAACGGACCGCCGCCGAAUACUACUCUCCUUCCUCCUUGGCUUUCCAAUUCUAAUGCUGCUGCUAGUUCAAAUGUCAGACCGGCUUCACCGUCGGUGACGCUCACCCUUUCUCCGGCGGCAUCUAGACCGACAAUUCCAUGGCUGCAGGUGGAUAACAACAACAACAACAACAACCCAUCUCAUGUAAUGGGUAAUCUUCCGAUUCAUCAAACUGGGGAGAAUUUAUUGAUUGCAGAGAUUUUAGAUUGCUGUAAAGAUCUUGAAGAAGGACAUCGAGCAUGGGCGGCUCAUAAGAAGGAGGCAGCUUGGAGAUUGAGAAGGGUUGAACUGCAAUUGGAAUCUGAGAAGGCGAAUCGAAGGAGGGAGAAGAUUGAAGAGAUUGAAUCAAAGGUGAAAGCUUUAUGGGAAGAACAGAAAGCAAGUCUUGAUAGAAUUGAAGGUGAGUAUAGAGAACAAUUGGCUGGACUUAGAAAAGAUGCAGAGGUUAAAGAACAGAAAUUGGCUGAACAAUGGGCGGAGAAGCAUCUUCGUGUUACUAAAAUUCUUGAUCAGACUGGACAUAGACAGCAACGGUUACCUGAUCCUAAUGGUCGUUAAGAGAUGAUGAAGUUUUAGCCAUGAAAAUCUUUCUGGGUUUUCUCUGUUUUUUUAUGUUUUUUUUUUUUUGAAUUUCAACUUUUUUUUUAUUUUAUUUGGCAACUUUAAACAUUAUUAAACCUUCUUUUUAACUUUCUAAUGGGCAAUUUGCAAUUUUACUUCUCAUGA